AUGCUCUGCAGCGUUACUCAGAGUGGUCAAGACCCUGGCCCAAACUACAUAAGCCCCGGCCAGGUCGCCCUUGGAGCAGCUAUUGUCAUCGUGAACGCAUUUGUAUCUGUAUGGUUGAAGCUAGACAUGCAUUGGCAGCUUCUUGUUGGAGUCAUAAGAUGUGUAGUGCAGCUGACUGUGCUGGGCUACAUCCUGGUCCCAAUCUUCACGUACAAUCUCUGGUGGCUGGUACUCCUGUAUGCCUUCUUCAUGCUCUUCGUUGGCAGCCUGGAGGCGGUGCAGAGACCUGCGUACACCUACAAGGGGAUGCUGCUGCAGACGCUGUCAUGUGUCGGCACUAGCGCGGGGGUGUUCCUGAGCUACACGCUGCUGUUUGUGGUGCGCACUCAUCCGUGGUGGGCGCCCCAGUACUUCAUCCCCAUCUUGGGCAUGAUGCUGGGUAACAGCAUCUCUGGCGUAUCUGUUGGCCUCUCCGCCCUCCUGGAGGACUUCAGCGUCGGCAAGGACAGGAUAGAGCAGCUUCUGGCACUGGGAGCGACGAGAUGGGAGGCCACACAGGCGUCCAUACAGAGGUGUGUGCGCAUGGCGCUGACACCCAUUAUGAACCAGAUGAACGUGGUUGGCAUUGUGUCCAUCCCAGGCAUGAUGACUGGCCAGAUUCUGUCCGGGUCUGACCCUAGCCAGGCCGCACGGUACCAGAUGAUCAUCAUGUUCAUCAUAGCUGCUUCCACUGGAGUGGGGGCUGUCGCCUCGCUGAUGUUCACCUCCUUUUAUCUGGUGGACAUGAGCUCGCGCCUGCGGCUGGAUCGCAUUCACAAACGAGACAACACCAACAAGUGGAACCACCGCUUGAUGCGCAAGAUUGCAACGGUGCACCCCUUGCUCUAG